AGGAGGAGAGCGAGGGGCCGGCGCCCGGAGCCGCAUGGAGCGCUCCGCCGACCUGUUGGCUGCGGCGGCGGCCCGGGGUCGCGCCGAGGAGGUGCAGGCGCUGCUCCAAGCGGGGGCAUCGCCCAACGCCCCCAACAGUCACGGCCGGACCCCCAUUCAGGUCAUGAUGAUGGGCAGCACCCGCGUGGCCGAGCUUCUGCUGAUCCACGGCGCGGACCCCAACUGCGCGGACCCCGCCACCCUCACGAGGCCCGUGCACGACGCCGCCUGGGAGGGCUUCCUGGACACGCUGGUGGCGCUGCACCGAGCCGGGGCGCAGCUGGAUGUGCGCGAUGCCUGGGGCCGCCUGCCCGUGGACCUGGCUGAGGAGCGGGGCCACCGCCACAUCGUGGGGUACCUGCGCGGAGAAGGUCCUGCAGACACCGGCGCCUGAAAGAACCAUUGAAAGCCAGAGGCACAGCAGGACCCCGUGACCACUGCCCCUCCCCCCCUACAAUUCUUCCCCGCUUUGUUAGCUGCAGUUUAUCAAAUACAGUGGGGCCUUGACUUAACGAGUGUCCCAACUAACGAGUUUUUCGAGAUACGAGCCGUCUCUCCCCGAUUUUUUGCUUUGAGUUGCGAGCUAAAAUUCGGGUUAUGAGCCAGCU